ACAGUUUCCUCCAGGCAGGCACAGAAGCUGUCACUUGUGUAGAAGUGUAGAGUUUAGGCUUUACAUCACAGGGGCAGCUGAAAAAAACGCACACACAGAAAGGUCAAAGCCCAAGCGCCGUCGCAAGAGGCCUCCGAGCAGCCUAACGCUUCCAUCAUGGGUGAAAACACCAUCACGAAGCCUCUCGGGCUAGUUUUUAUCAUCACAGCUCACAUGGUGUUCAACGACCCCAGCCAUGCACAAGUCAUCGGGAUCUUUGGCUGCAACAUCACCCUUCAAUUUACAUUUAAUGUUAGCAUUAAUGAACGCAGUGAAAUUGCAAUUUAUAUAACAGGCGAGAAAAAGAUUGACGAUUUUAAAAGUGGGAAAGGUUCCUUUGUUAUUUGCCUCCAAAACAAUUCUGUCUUUUACCACAUCAUAAAUCUCACUCUAAACCACACUAACACCUACUGGGCCAGUUUAUUUGGGGGCAACCUAAGAAAAAGUAAUGAAGUGAAGCUGACUGUUGAAGAAAGGAACAUAAGCUGUACAGCUCCACCGCCGUCGACUAAACCCACAGUUUUCAAUGAAACUUACAGUUCCUUUUCCAUCAAUAAGAUCAUCAUCAUCUUCGCGGUUUUACCUGUGGUCCUGUUAGCAACAGUACUCCCAUGGUUGAUCUGUAGUCUCGUGAGACCCAAAGAGGCGGGAUCAGGAGGUGAUGCUAAGCCUAGCUUAGCAUUAAACAAACAACAGCAACAACAAGAAAGGCCGCAAAGCUCCACUCCCACAGUGCAGGAAUCAGUGGCGUCGUUGAGCAGCGUGUCUGCACCCUCGGUGAUCUACAGCGUCUUGGACUUCCCCAAAAGACCUCCGACAAUUGUUGAGAUCAACCCAAGAGAUACAGAGUAUGCUGCCGUCAGCUAUCUCACAGAAAAGAGACACAUGUGAUGCACAGCUCACUGUUCGACUAGUGUACAUAACAUAAAUCUAAAUAUAUAUAAAUAUAAAUUUCUUGCAAGUGUUAAAAAUCCUGCUUUUGUUAUACAGGGAUGUCUUAUUGCACUAUAUCUCAAACAAAAGAGUUGGGAGAGGAAGAGUCUGCAUGGGUAGUGUGUAUGUAGGUGUCACUUUGUGUUUGGUGGUCUCGAAAUUGAGAUGCAUGCUGCUGCGGCAAACCUCAAGCCAGAACAUAAUACAGUUACAGUGACAACCCAGCCUCGCAGUUAGCUUUCAAUUUUUCUUUGCUGUUAAUUUGUGUCGGGGGUAUCCGGCCGCUAAGGAAUACUUAACAGGCGAUAAAUUAGAUAUUAGAUUUUCUUCAGACCAGAAACACAAAGCAAGCACUUCCUGUGUACCCAGAGUCUACUGUACAUCACUGCUCUGGGUCUCACUGUGUUUAAUAGCUUCAGUGAACCACACUGAUGCACUAGGUGAUAACACAGGAGAUGUAGUGACCCCUACAAACUUUGCUCCCUCUGUAGAGCACCAAAUUUAGGUUGUUCUACCACUGAAAUAGCCUCACUUCUGUUGACUAAAAACUACACUGAACAAUUCUGAUGCUUUUAAUAUUUAAAAAUCUUUAAAAACCUGCCAACUAAGCACAUGAAUUUAGAGACAGCUUUGGAAAUGUGGAUAUCCAAACCUGUUUGAAUGGGAUAUGUUACCAAAACUCUGCAGCUGACACUGUCUUAAGUUAUAAAAGUAUCCCAAAUGACAGAAAUAACUAAAGCAUGGUAUCCUUUGUUAGUUCCUGUAAAACAGGGAUGCCAAAUUAAUUUUACAUCAUGGGCCACAGACAGCCCACCAGUGAAACUACAUGAUAAAUAUGUAGACUAGAAUCAAUUACUAAUAUCUACACUUAAUCACUCUGGUGUGGUAUGAAUGUCAGUUCCUAUUUAUCAGUUGGAAAAGCUACAAAACUCACACUUUGUAGUUUUGUAGCUUUUCAGUUAAAACUACAAAAUCUUCCAAAGCUGUUCUGUAGGCCAUAUUGGAGUCUUUGCUAGGCCAAAUCUGGACCCCAGACCUUAUAUUUGAUGCCCCUGCUAUAGAACCAUAAAUGACCUUGUAAGUGGAAGAAUGGGAGUUUUCCACUUUAAACAAAUGCCUAAAUCCACAUGUGGCCGUGAUUACACCUCCGAGUUCACUUGGAGUCUGGUUGAAGGAAGUGCGUGCUGGCACGUGCCGUUGGUGUCACUGUAUUGUAGUGGCUCAUGAGAAUCCCAGCACUUACUUGCACACUCUUGUACAUGCAGAACAUAUAAUAAAGGUGUUAUGCAGCAAGAAAAUAAUGCAAAACUUUCACUCGCUGUUUCUAUAAUUUAAGAACCAAAACCACUUGGUUAGUGUGAUGAAGAGUGUGACACAUGCCAGUAAGCUCAAAUUUCUAAAUUACCAAGUUGAUAAUUUCAGAUACAAUUUGCACAAUCAAACAGCUGCUAGAGGUCAGUUUUAAAAUGGGUCCCAAUAAGUGGCUGCACACAGAAACUAGGGGCUUUUAUUUUGUUUGAGUGGAAAGUUUUGACUGAGAAUGCAUCAUCAUGCAAUCCCAGGCUGAAAGGUUUUACACUUUGAUGACAUUUCCAACAUGAAAACCUUUCAUUUUCCGCUUCACCUCAUCUCCAGAAUUCAUCUUCACUCCCAUGCUGAUAAUCGUGUGAGAGCUUAACAAGCUCACUUUUGACUUUCAGGUUUGGUGACUUCUUUUGCAUCGGGGUAUUUAUCACAACACGGAGGAAAAAGUUUCAGGGACACCGUCCAUACAUGCUUAUAGAUCAGUUAUAGACCUUUCAGCUUAUCAGUACUGUAUAUUCAAAGGUCACUGGUGAUUUUUCCAUGAGCUGCUGCAUCAGCUCGCCACUAUCAUGCAAAUCUGACAACAACAAUCUGACACUAUGUGCAAUAACUGCAUGCAUGGCCUCUGAAGUUCUCUUUUUGAAAGCUUAUUGAUGUCUUUGAUUUACUCAGUUCUCAUACAUCUUUAUCAUAUGUUAAAAAUGUAUUCUCUGGUUUAUUAUUCACCAGCUACUCAGAGAAAGAGCAAGUUCAUUUUGAAAUCCAGCAAGCUUUCAAAAUGUACCGUCCUGUCACGUGCUACUUUAUUACAUACUGCUGAAUUGUUUCUAAUUGAAAUACGCAGUUUUUAAGAUGUAAAUGGAUGUAAAAUUAUCAACUUUAUUGUGUGUGUGUAUGUGUGUGUAAAUACUGUCUUCAGUUCCUGAAUGUACUGUACUGGAUCUGUGUCACAGAAGGAACAGAAACUGCUCUUUAUUUUGAUGGCAGCGGUGCAUGCUGGGGGAUGUGUAAAAUAAGUCUUCAGAGUGUUGUUUUGUUUUUAAAAAAAAUCAAAUAUUUCUGAAUUCUUAUCCUGUAAAAACACCUCUAUAAUAAAAAAAAAAGUUUACCUGAGAUUCUGGUUUUCUUUAUGGUUUUAGUAACUAAAGUUGACGCUCACCACACACAGUUGUGUAUUUAAAGAAUGCACUGUUUUAUCUUCUAGUCUGUGUUACAGUAGGUCGUGGAGUCUUUGGCAUGUAAAAAUAAGCAGUAUUUUAGCACGUUGCAGGGACUUACCCAAGUAAAUCACCUAUAACGCCAACUUUAUUUUUCUGUCAAGACCACGUAAUAAAGCGUGAUCUUAGGUUAUACACAGACGUGGAUGCUUUUUCACCUUAGAAUAAACUGAAACCUACACCGAAACAUUGCAAAGUGUCUUUUAGUGUGCUAAAAGACUUUCGUUUUUAGUGAUGCCCCAAACAGGCGUACGGCAUCAGCCCUGCAAGGCUUUUGCUACCUGUAUUGGCUGAUUGGAGUAGGAGGCUGAAUGGAAACCACUCAAAUGACUGAUGAGACAAAAAUAAAUUCUUUGGGUAGAACCUGAAGCGCUGCGUCUGGUAAACACCCUUCUGCUUAACCCCGAGAUGACUGAGAUGAAAUAUUAUCUUGACAGCAUCACGCUGUUCACACUUCUCAUCAGCAGGGACAGUGAGACUGGUUAGAGCACACAAGGAAAUGAAAGCAGCAAAAUACAGAGAGGUGUUUGAAGAAAAGCAGAGCGAUGCGCAGGUCUGGAGCAGCGUGUCUUAGGUUGCAUAUUCGACUCAUACAGAUUGUUCCGAAGCCAAGGGACCCUGAUGGCAAAUCCACAGACAUCUUUGAAUUUAAGCCUCAUUCUUUGGAAACCCAGAAGGGCCCCAGCUGAAAAUCUAAGGCUUUGAAGUGACAUAUGGGAGUCUGCAUUUCUGAUAACGCAGCACAGUGCAGUC